AGAAUGAAAUACUCCUGAGCCACUCCUCAGUGUGGUGGCUCUCCUGUCUAGUGUUAAAUUGGUCUGUUGUGAAGUUCUGUCUGCCUCUUCACCGGCAAGUUCCUACCUUUAGUGAAAACCCUCUCCAACUCUUCCACCAGCUCCUUUUAGGUCACCACUUCGUUAUAAUUUGAUUUCCCAUCAAGCAGCAGCACGAGUUCCUUUGCACUCACCACGUGGUGGAGGACCAUGGGAUGCCGUCAGAGCUCGGAGGAGAAGGAAGCGGCGCGGCGCUCGCGGCGGAUCGACCGCCACCUGCGCUCAGAAAGUCAGCGGCAGCGGCGUGAGAUCAAGCUACUGUUGCUGGGCACCAGCAAUUCGGGCAAGAGCACCAUUGUCAAGCAGAUGAAGAUCAUCCACAGCGGAGGCUUCAACCUGGAUGCCUGCAAGGAGUACAAGCCCCUCAUCCUGUACAAUGCCAUCGACUCACUCACCCGCAUCAUCCGCGCCCUCACCACCCUCAAGAUCGACUUUCACAAUCCUGAUCGCGCCUACGAUGCUGUGCAGCUCUUUGCCCUCACAGGGCCAGCGGAGAGCAAAGGGGAGAUCACUCUAGAGUUGCAGGGGGUCAUGAAACGUCUGUGGGCUGACUCAGGGGUCCAGGAGUGCUUUCAACGAUCCAAUGAGUACCACUUAGAGGACAACACUGCCUACUACCUGAAUGACCUGGACCGCAUCUCUGCGCUUGAGUUCAUCCCAACUGUAGAGGACAUCCUACGGUCCCGCGACAUGACCACCGGCAUCGUGGAGAACAAGUUCACCUUCAAGGAGCUCACCUUCAAGAUGGUCGAUGUCGGAGGACAGCGGUCGGAGAGAAAGAAGUGGAUCCACUGCUUCGAGGGCGUGACUGCAAUCAUUUUCUGUGUCGAGCUAAGUGGCUAUGACCUCAAACUCUACGAGGACAACCAGACGAGCCGCAUGGCCGAGAGCUUGCGUCUGUUCGACUCCAUUUGCAACAACAACUGGUUCACCAACACGUCGCUCAUCCUCUUCCUCAACAAGAAGGACCUGUUGGCUGAGAAGAUCAAACGCAUUCCUCUGACAGUGUGCUUCCCUGACUACAAAGGUCAGAACACCUACGAGGAGGCAGCCGUCUAUGUGCAACGGCAGUUUGAGGACCUCAACCGCAACAAGGAGACCAAGGAGAUCUAUUCGCACUUCACCUGUGCCACUGACACCAGCAACAUCCAGUUUGUGUUCGACGCUGUCACGGACGUGAUCAUCCAGAACAAUCUAAAGUACAUUGGGCUGUGCUAGGACCCGAUUCUGGCAUGGGGGGUCGGGGGGCCGGUUGGCAGCAGUCGGCCCACACCAGGCUGUAUAAACAAAAGGCAUGUCAGUCUGCCUGACAAGUUUAUGUCUUUGAAGAGGUGCAACUAGAGACCUGCAAAAGAAAUGAGCUAGUAAGGUGGUCAGGGAUGGACGAUACUGUAGAUUUAUGUGUUUCAGUUGAAACAAAAGAGCUGAUGGGCCAUGGUCAAGAUGGAAUUUUUACCCAAUGUGUUUGCACUGAAUAUGAGUAUGCAGAGACACCCAAACACACACGCACUCACAAAUCCUUAUGUUUGCUCACACAAAAAGAUCUUUGGAUCAGCAGUUAAGCACUUGUUCGACAUGGUAAUAUUGGAAAUUUUAGACAGCCGCCCCUACCUGCCUGCCAAACCCCAGGUAGUAGGUCUGUACUGGUGGUUUUCAGUUACUUUUGUCUCCUUCAUUUUAUUUGCCACAGUCAAUUAAUGCUGCUUUACAAGAAGGAUUUUUGACAGAAUCAAUGUUCUCUAUUGGAAAGUCCCCUUAACAAUAACCAGUGAGUGCACCUGAUGAGACGUGGGGAGAGCCUGUAUAUCUGAGAAAAAAAUAAAUGUCAGUAGACAUGAUGUCACAGGGUUUCUGCCUAAAAGAGGAAACUGCCACAGUGUAAAGCUGAAGUGAAAUACAUUUUCUACACACUGUUUCUGUUUUUCCCUCCUGGUCAACUCUCUAAUGUUGUUCUUUUCCCUCUUUCUUUUAUCGUUUUUUUGUGCUUAAAAAAAAAAAAAAGAAUAUGUCUCUCAAACCUUCCUUUUAUAGCAGGUCACUGAGUUAUAAUACCAAGAGAGUGUUAUGCUCGGUAGUCAAAAGUAUUCUUUAUGAUCAUUCCAGUUUCCAUCAAAGAGACGAUAAAAACAGUGCCAAGAUCAAUUUGUAAAUAAAACCAGAUCCCAUCCAUUAUGUUCAUUUUUGUUUUGUUUUUAUGGACAAACAUGCAUGAUUUUGUUACUUUGGGAUACUAAUAUAUUUUCUUUGGAAUUAUGUUCCUCUUUUCCUUUAAAUAAUAUAUUCCCAAAAAUAUAUAUAUAUAUAUAUAUAUAAAAGUCAAACACUGUGUACGAUUGUACAGUUGUCAGAGAGGAAUCUAAUGAAAAGAGUUAUAUCAAUAUAAUAAUGGUGAAUAUGAUGUAAUGAUGAUGAUAAAAAAGAUGAUUGAUGAUGAUGAUGAUAGCGGUGAUUAUGAUUACAAUAAUGUCAAGGAAAAUCUCACUACAAAGUUAACAUGAGAGGAAAAAGUUGGAUCAAAGGAAAAACAUGAAAACGAAGAAGUAAAUCUUAAAAAGUUCAAUCUUCCUUGCAUUAUAUAAGUGGAAAUUGUUAAACAGCCAGUCAGUAUGAUGUGUAAAUAUACUGUAAGGUACACGCUUUGUUCAAACAAAUGAAAACUGGUAGAGGUUGAGUUGGGAUACUGUAAACGAGAAAAAGAGAGAGCGAGAGAAAGAGAAGGAGGAAAACCCCACUCCACUCCUCCUCUUACCCUUUCUUUUCAGUUCAGAGGGUGAUGUGCAAACAACUCAGCUAAGGGCUUCAGGCUUGACUUGACGGGAUGUCCACUUCAACAAAAGACAAAACAAUUAAAAAAGAAGUAUAA